ACAUAAUUGAAUAUAUCAGCAAGUUCACUCAAGAGCCAGUGUUUAAUGAUACCGUGAUGUUUCCAUAUGUUGUAGCGGGCAUUGCCAUUUUAUUAUUUACAUACAACCCAAUUCUUCAUUACUUUUCUCCCGAGCCAUCCCGUCUUCCACGGACCGCUCGGCCUCGUAUAAAUGAAUCCCUCCUUGCCAUCGAUGCAGCAAACCAAACAGCACCGGACUGUCCUCCGGAUUCAUAUUCAAUUCAUAUUCUUUCAAAAGCGCCAAUCGUAAUUUAUAUCGAGAAUUUCCUCUCCGACGAUGAGCGGUCCCAUUUGCUAGAGACUAGUGAGCCGUUGUUUGAGCCUUCGACCAUCACCCACGAUGGCGACUCGACGCAGCGCGAUGCUACAAUUCGAGACUCGGAGGUCGCAUUGAUACCCCGUACCGACACCGUGCGAUGCAUCGAAGCUCGCACACGAGCUAUCCAGGGCUGGCGUGACGACCUAUGGAUAGAGCGUCUUCGUACGCAGCGUUACGGUGCGAACCAGCACUACGCGCACCAUUUCGACUGGGGCUCCGGCGCUCGGGGCUGGGGCCGAGUCAGCAGCGUUAUGGCUUGGGUGCAAGCUGAAGACGUCGAGGGAGGGGGAACCGAAUUUCCCCUACUCCGGCGAGAAGCACCCGAUAACCCGUGGUGUCAAUGGGUUGAGUGUCCCAAGCUACCCGAAUCGCUACCCGAAUCCGAAGGAAAAUUCCCCACCACGGACGGAGAUUUAGUUACGGGCGUUUCUUUCAAGCCUAUCGCCGGUAAUGCUGUAUACUGGGAAAACUUCCGUCCCGACGGAACGGGCAGAGGUUGGGACGAGACUUGGCACGCGGGUUUACCCGUGAAAAAGGGGAUGAAAGUCGGUCUGAACAUUUGGAGCUGGGGUAGGCUUGGCUAGAAAGGCUUUUUCACGGCUCAUCCCAUAAAAGCAAAGUCGGUAUAGCUCUAAAGGAGAGUCGAUAGUCCAUUAUAUUGUAUGUAUUUGACAGCCCACGCUGCGGGCUAUAUAUUAUGAAUAUUAUAUUCGGAAAACAUCAAAUUGCGAGCUUCCCAUACUUUAUACCUCGUUGCGGACAUAUGCUCGGACGACCUAUCUGACUUUCAAUGCCAAAACCUCUAUAUCUCUCAGCAGCCAAUAAGAUGAUAGCCAUAUAUCAACCGCGUCAUUAAAACAG